UAAAAAUAAACAGGAAAAGUAUAGCGGCCUGUUUGCCAACUGGUUGUCAUUUACCAAAGGUCGACGUAAAACCAAUGCGUGCAACUGUUGUGACUCUUCCAAGGUCAGAUGAGCAAAAUAAUCUGGCAUUUAAAGAUAUUUAUCGUCUGCCUAAAUAAAAUCAACUUGUAACUAUCAUGUGAUUUGCGUUACUUUGUUGUGUCCGACAGUAUUAGUUCUUCAGUUGCACUACCCACCUCAAUACCAGUAACGCUGAUGGAUACUUUACCGAACAAUCAUAAGAAUAUCGAGAAUUACACCAUUUUCUAGAAAUAUUGCAAUUUUUUUAUGUAUAGUUUACUCUUCACGGUUUUACUACGUAUUGACUAUAGUCAUGGAUGCGCAACAUCAGCUCAGUGCUAACUAGUCAAACAAUAGUUUGCAUACGUCCUUCAAUUGAUAACCAGCCGGUGUAGUGUUACGGCUAAUCCUCUGGUCAACAUUUUUACGUCACUCGUAGCUAUAUGACUAGAAAGCCCUGAUUAGUGUUUGGUAAUAUGCAUAGCGAAGCAAACGAAAGAACGGUUGUUUUUGAGAUAUCAUUACCUGAUGACGAGGGCUGCCAUGAAUGCUCUUAUCUCGAGCUGUUUCAACAACACCUGGAAUCAAAUAAUAAUCAAAAAAAUGGGGAUAACCCUUUCACAUCCAAUGAAGCUGCAGAAGAAAAAAAGCUUUCUGACCUAGCUAAGGCACUCGAGAGGAAAUAUGGGACUAUGGUUACUAUGAAGAAUAGUGGAAAGCACAAGCGAGUUCGUAUAGAUGAUUUCUUGGACCCAGGAGAUGGAUACGAUACACAAGAUUCAUUUAUCGAUGAUUCCGAAGCUAUUGAUGUAUUUGUGGCCCCGAACAUUUCUACUAAGUUUGGAGGAUAUUUUGUACAUCAAGGAACUGUUGAAGGACUUGAAGAUCAGAGUGCGAAAAUCGAGGCCCCUUGGAGUGCAAGGAUAUUGACAAAUACUAAUUCAUCUCAAAACGUUAUGAGGAAAAAAAAUAAAUCCAAGUCAGUGCCAUAAAUUUCAUAACAUUUUCUUAGAGAGCUUCUGGAUAAAGCCGUCAAACGCUUGUCAACUCCUAAUGCUUUUAAGCCUAAGUUGUUUCUAUCGGAACCCCGAACCCAAAUGCGCAAUUUAGACUCCCUAUUUGAUGAAGUUUUGUACACAUCGACAGCAUCUGAACAAGAUAGUAACGCAAAAGGCAUUGAGAGCUGUAAGGACCCAAAUGAUAGAAAUGACUCUUCUGUCGUCACUGCAAAGUCGUCAUGUGACAUGGGAAAACCAAAAGUUCUUCCUGAGAAUUUACCACCAGACAUAGUAGCAUGCCUUAACAACUUAACAGAGCUCAAUAAACAUGGAACAAAUCAACGUCGUACACUAGGAAAACCAUUUGAUACAGAACUACUAAAAUUGGAUAUAAAGUUGAAAGAAUUGAUGAUAAAUCAGUCUGUGAGGUCAGAUGUAUUCAGCUACUUAGAAAGUCACUUACAAUUGAAACACAAAGCCGUAAUGCGUAGACUUAAAAGAUUGAAAGAAGAUAAACAAGAACAGAGAAUGAACCCGCUAUUGGAUGCUCUUGGUGAAGCUAUUUCAUCGUCUAUGCCUCCAAUUAUUGAAAGUUAUACAAGAGAUAAAAAGGUUCACUUGGAACGUAUCAAAGCUUGGCAAACGGAAAAUUUGCAAAGCGGUUCAGAUUUAAACGAUAAUCAAGGUGUUAAUGGCUCAAGCGACGGAAGCUUAUCGAAACGCCCUCCAAAACCCGGACCUCCUAAGAAAAUCUACCGAUGGAAUUCUGAAUGCAGGCAACUUUUCGAUAAAAUCAUCCUUUGCCGACUUGAAAGUUAUAAAUUGUUGAACAUCAAAGGUUCUGCUGAAGACUAUCUGAGACGCCUUUUUCCAACUUUAAUUCAACUUUGGCCUGAUGGUUGGAUUACUAAUGCCGCAUUAUGGCGUACUGGUUUACCAAUCUUCCAAAAGUUUUGCAGCGAUAAUGGUUUGAGCAACAGCACUUCAGCAUCUCAAUCGCUUGCACGACCUACGAACAACAAUAGCAACCAUAACAGUUCUACGCAUACAAAUAAUGGGAGAAGUCACAAUUCACCUUCUUCUGCAAAUACAACACCUCUUCCUGACUCUAAUGCUCUAUCACAACAAAAUUCACCUGUUGUCAUUGUACCCCAUAUUUCUUCGAAUAUUUCGGUUUCAACUGUCUCCAAAACAGUUCCCAAGGUACCCGAUCAUGUAGUAUCAAACAGUAGUCCACGUACAAGUUUAUCGGUUGUUUGCAGCCCUAAAUCUAGCCCUCAUUUAGUUCCUGUCACAAAACAUUGUCAAUCACUUCCUACAGCUCACUCACCCACACAACCAAUUAAUCGCCCCAAUUUCCGAAUUACCUCAUCUUCAGUUGCUCAAAGUUCAAUUCAUUCGAAAACUGUCAAUACUAAGACUCCAGUAACUGUUUGCGUGGAUACUGGAACUUCUCGCUUCUCGUAUGUCCUGCAAUCAACCACAGCAUCUAUAUCUCCAAAUUCAUUAGUAGUUCCUGUGUCAACUUCAACAUCUCAGAAUUCACAGUUAAAUCGAACACCUAUUUUACAAAAUGAAGCUGUUAUAGGUCGAACGGCUAACCCGGGUAUACCUCUGCGUCUUGUCUCAUCUAGUUCUUCUAAUCCUGUAGCCACUAUUUUAGUGUCCAAGGCGGUACAGCUUAACUCAGAACUGGGCAAAUCUACAGUGAUCAAUCCAGUAGCUAUGAAAAGACAAUCAUAUCCCCAGUGUCAAUCUUCACAGCAAGCUCCCACUGCUCAGCUAAAGGUUAAUGAACUUGGAAAGUCAAUGGUUUCUGUUAAUGAUGGUUUUCCAAAACCGUGUGCACCAAACGUCCCAUCGAAUUUUCCUCAUGAUUCUAAUAAGUUUAGCCAGCAAAUUACCCAUCAGUCUGCAGCUGUCGCUCUAUCUAGCCAACAGAUUGACCAACUACAACAUCGCGCAUUGUCUAGUACUGGGAGAGUGGGAUUGAGUUUAAAUCCGACAAUAGGUGCGGCAUCAACUCUCCUCUUUCCCCCACAACCUCCUCCUGCUCAUCAAUCUAAAUACCAGAGCUUGUCUUCACAAAAAGAGGAUCCUAGAGAAAAUAUUAUUGGGAGUAUACCUUCUGCUCAUUCUAGUAACAACCAAAAAUUAUGAUAAAACUUUUAUGUUAGCUCGUGAAUUUAUUAUGUAAACACUCAGAUGAAUCCAGUUUUAUUGAUCACUAAAUAUAUCUGACCCUCUGUAUGUAUUGAUAAGUAGGAACAUACGCACUUAUAUUGGGCAUCUUAGACUAAUUAUUACUACUUCCAUCAUAGUUAUCAUUGCAGCUGUCCUUAUCUUUUUCUUUCCCGAUUGUGCAACAUUACUCAUCUCGUCCGUCAAUCAUUCAUUAAAUUGAUUUUAUUUGAACUUUCCUUUCUUAUCGCGUGUAUCGUAAUUUCUUUCAAAUGUUUCUUAUUCCGAAAGGAGUGUAUGUAUGAAUUCACCUAACUCUGUUAUUUCUUUUUUCAGCAAAAUGAUUUCUAGGUUAAUAAACGAACAGUCUCUAUGUUUCCUCAUUGACAUUAAAGUCAAUAAUUUGUUCGCUCCCUAUAUUUUAAUAUGUUUUCUUCCGUCUUUUCUUAUUUUCUUACUGUAUCUCUUUUAACGUGUCGUUCAAAAAACACGCCAUUAUUACUUAUCAGUGUAUAAAUUGUUUGGCAUGGCUGAGUAAGUCUAUACACAUCUGGAACUAUUAGGAUUCUGUAACUUGACAUAUAUAUAAUUGUAAGUACAAUUAUUUAGCAUUAUGUAAUUAUUUGGGUAAACUUAUUAAAUGUUUUCUUCAUAUCAUUACUGUCUUGUAAAGUGUGCAUAAAAAGCAAAUCGUUGAUUG